AUGUCGCCGUUUACGUGGUUUGACACGGACAGGUUCUAUUAUGGGGGAGAUGGACUGGAGACCGAGGAGCUAUGCAGGUACAAGCCUAGAGGGCUGCAUCCUGUUAUCCUCGGCGAAGUUCUUCCAAAACUUGGUACCUGUGUAGAUGACCAAGAUAAAAAGCCACGAUACCACAUCCUCCAGAAACUUGGAUACGGGGGGUUUUCCACCGUUUGGCUCGCGCGAGAUGUUGACGAGAAGUAUGCCCGAUCCGUCCUCCCAUGUCGGCAGUCCCUAGCUAAUCAAGACCGUCUGGCAGGAGAUACGUCGCCCUCAAAGUCUGUGUGGGUUCCGAUCAACCCACUCAAAACAGCACUGAAGCAGACAUCCUACGCCAUCUCCACCAGGCCAACUCUGACGCACUGGGCCACAAGAAUAUCUUGGAAAUCUACGACAGCUUCACAGUCCGAGGCCCCAAUGGGUUCCACGCGUGUAUCGUAACCGAAGUCGUACUACCUAUUGGUUGCCUCGAGAGAAAAGACCGAGCCUCGCCACAGAAACUAACCCAGCAAUUAUUGGCCGGCAUUGGAUAUAUGCACAGCCACGGGAUCGUGCAUGGAGGUAAGGCUCACCCGUGGGAGUCCAGAAUGUGAAGGAUAUAUCUAAAGAUCGGUUUACAGAUCCCCAUAUGGGCAACUUCGGCAUAGCGAUACCGCAGCUCCAGCAGGUUGCCGAAAAAGAUAUGAUGGAGGAAUUUUGUAAUGAGCUUACACCAGUGGUGUCGCAUGAUCCGUUCUUGCCACGUGAAUCAGUCCCAGUCUACCUUACCGCAAAGGUCCCAUUCGAAGAACUUAUCGCAGCGAAGAAUCUUCUCCCUCCACCUGAGGAAAUGUGUCUCAAAAUCAUGGAUUUUGGAAGAGGUAAGCUCCCUAGCCUUGGUGAGCAGAUCUUGAUGAUUAACUGUGAUCAGCAUGCUGGGAAGAUGAUAUUCCUUCAGAUCUACCAGGUUUCGCAGCAGUCACGAGUCGACCACCUGAAGUCGCUCUGCAUAUGUUAUCCAAGGGAGAAAUUGGGUCAGUCUGGAGCAAAGAAGCCGAUAUCUGGGCGAUUGGAUGCAUUGUGAGUCAGACUUCCAAUUUAUCUCCCUCCUGAUGCAGCAGAUGUAUACUAACAACACGUGAAGAUGCACCAAUUGAAGGGAGGAUAUGUGAUAUCAUCAUGGGGUAAUCUCCAGACACAACUUUACGAUGCCUUGUGUUUAGGUGGUGAGCCACCUAAAGACUGGUCUGAAUACUUGAGUUCGCAAAAGCCCGGCCUCGAUACUGAGAUCUGGAAACAGCCCGUAUUCGAUACGGCCAAGGCCUGGAGUGAUAAACUGAAGAAUGAGCCUGAUCGUGAGACGUUCCUAGAUCUGAUCCGAAAAAUGGUCACCACGCAGCCAUCACAUCGAACUCAGAUCGCCAUGCUCUAUGA